CGGUAGACAUCUUUUUAAUUUAUGGCCUAUAUGCACCACAUAUUAUUUUCAUGUAUACAAACAUAAUAUCUUGAAGCCAUUUCAGAUUGAUCAACCGUGUUAUUUCUUCAAUGAAUUCUUGUUAUGGUUCAUUCCUAAUCAUAAUAUACCUGUAUUUCCUACUAAAUAUCUUAAACUGUUCAUCCACAAAUACUUCUUUAACUUCUUUAUUGGAUAAAGUUGUGCUGGAUUGCGGAUCGUCCGAGUCUUCAUCUUUCAAUGGUAAGUAUUGGAUUGGUGAUGUAGGCUCAAGGUUUAUUCCUGCAGAUUCUGACAAAACACAAAUUUUUGAAUCUUCAACUCCAAUUAACCAAGAUGUUCCAAAGAUUCCAUACUCAACCGCACGGAUCUUUCGUUCUGGUUUUACUUAUGUAUUCCCUUUUCAUCCUGGCUACAAGUUCAUCCGCCUCCUUUUCUAUCAGUCCUCUUACUCGGGUCUAGGUAGCGACGCCUACUUCUCGGUUGUCUCGUGCAACUACACUCUCCUAAACAAUUUUAGCCCUUCUCUCGUUGCUAGUACUUCAAAAUUAGAUUAUUUCACUAAAGAAUUUGUCAUUAACUUGAAGGAUAGCCUGUUGAACAUCACUAUUAUCCCAUCUUCUAAAGCUUAUGCAUUUAUCAAUGGAAUAGAAAUUUACAGUCUUCCUUCCAAUUUCCAAGACUAUGCUGUUCAUGACAAUGAUCCAGCCUUUCAAAUGAUGCAUAGAGUGAAUGUGGGCGGCCGUGUUUUCCAUGAAACGAUCUGGCAGGAUGACUCUAGCUAUAUUUUGGGCUCUAUGAGCGGCACUAUUAUUCAUACGCCUGAGAUUACAAAGGAUUCUUGGAACAUGUCAGAGUAUGUUGCUCCCAUAUUAUUAUCUUCGUCGGCUCGAACCAUGGAUAGCGAUGAUGCCAUUAACAUGAGCUAUAACGUCACUUGGACAUUUGGUAUCGAUCCGGGUUUUAAAUAUUUGGUUAGGCUUCAUUUUUGCGAGAUUUUGAAUGAGGUAACAGAAGCGAAUCAGAGGGUUUUCACAGUUUUUAUUAAUAACAAGACGGUAGAGAAGAGCUUGGAUGUAAUUGCAUUGGCCGGAGCACCAUUAGUUGCAAUUUACAGAGACUACACUGUAAUGGUUCCACAAGGGACAGGAGACAAUCAAGAUCUGUGGCUAGCCUUGCAUCCCAAUGCGGAGUCAGAAUCCAAGUUCCAGAAUGCUAUUCUGAACGGCGUUGAGAUUAUGAAACUUAGUGAUGAAUAUAACAAUCUUGCACCUUAUUUUCAACCAAAAAUGGGAAGAUCAAGAAAAAAGAAGGUUCCACUUAGCAUCAUUCUUGGAAGCAUUUUAGGUUGUCUUGGGGGCCUUUUUAUGUGUUUUUUCUUUGCAUGCCGGUGGUUUAAAAUUUACCAUAGACAAACAAACUCAAAAAACCAAGUGAUUGGACAAUUUUGGAACUGCCGCAAAUUCACUCUGGCUGAUAUGAGAGCAGCCACUAACAAUUUUGAUGAAGCUUUAGUGAUCGGUGUCGGUGGUUUCGGCAAAGUUUACAAGGGCGUGAUAGACGGAGGAGCCACUGAUAGGUAAAAUGAAGCAAUGCGAAGUGUUUUGGGCUUAAAGAAUGAAGAAAUCAAGUAUCGGAAUAGGAGCGAGUUGAAAGAGCGAAGAAACGAGCAAGAUAUGGCGUUUAAAGGAGGGGCUCGAUCGAGCCCUUCACUUAUGAACGAAGGCUCGAUCGAGCCCUAUGAACAAAGCUGUCCAGAAGUUUCUUCAAGGCAUAAGGCUCGAUCGAGCCCUCACUCUUAAGUGGAUGGCUCGAUCGAGCCCCUUAAAAAGAAGCUCAGAAUUUGAAUUUCGAGACAAGACAAAACUCAAGGGCUCAAUUUCUAUUUUAGGCCCAACACUCCUUAGAAGGGUGUCCUUUGUUUACCUCAUUUGUAACCCAUAUAAAUAGCACAUUAUCUUUUUUAGGGUACAACAAGUUGUAGACAUUUUGAUUUAUUCUCUAGUUUUUACCUUUUUUAGAUUAGCCAUCUUCUCCUUGGAGAUUCCUCCAUUGUUGGAGCUUGAUGCAAGUUUUAUUUGCUUUAUGAUAACAAGAUCUUCAUUUUUAUUACAAGCUACUUAUUGUGAAUCUUCAUUAUCUU